UUGUGUCUCCCCACCAGCUUGCCGAAUCUGACUGAAGUAGGAUGGGAAUCCAAGGUUUGCUCCAGUUUAUCAAAGAGGCUGCUGAACCUGCUCACGUGAAGAAAUACAAAGGACAAGUGGUUGCUGUGGAUACUUACUGCUGGCUGCACAAAGGAGCCUAUGCAUGCUCUGAAAAGCUGGCCAAAGGAGAACCAACAGAUCAAUAUGUAACUUACUGCAUGAAACAUGUUGACAUGCUUCUGUCAUUUGGGGUCAAACCUAUUCUAGUAUUUGAUGGAUGUACACUGCCUUCCAAAAAGGAAGUUGAAAAGUCACGAAGAGAGAAACGGCAAACAAAUUUUCUAAAGGGGAAACAGCUGCUUCGUGAAGGGAAAUCAUCGGAAGCUAGAGAAUGUUUUGCACGUAGCAUUAACGUUACACAUGCUAUGGCCUGUGAAGUUAUUAAAGCUGCCCGAGCCCAAGGAAUAGAUUGCAUUGUUGCUCCAUAUGAAGCUGAUGCACAGCUAGCCUACCUUAACAAGACGGGCAUAGUCCAAGCUAUAAUUACAGAGGAUUCUGAUCUUCUUGCUUUUGGAUGUAAAAAGGUAUUUCUGAAAAUUGACAAGUUUGGACAUGGCUUAGAAAUUGAUCAAGCCCGAUUAGGAAUGUGCAAACAGCUUGGAGAUGUGUUUACAGAAGAGAAAUUUCGUUACAUGUGUAUUCUCUCUGGCUGUGACUACCUUCCAUCAAUUCACGGCAUUGGCUUAGGCAAGGCUUGCAAGCUACUAAAAAUAGCCAAUAAUCCUGAUAUUAUAAAGGUGAUUGGGAAAAUGGGACAGUAUUUAAAGAUGAAUAUUGUGGUCCCAGAAGAAUAUAUACAAGGAUUUAUUCGUGCUAAUAAUACUUUCCUCUAUCAGUUGGUUUUUGACCCAGUCAGAAGGAAACUUGUUCCUCUGAAUGCUUAUGAAGAUGGUGUUGAUCCAGAAACACUACUGUAUGCAGGGAGACACUUUGGCGAUAGCACUGCUUUUCAAAUUGCACUUGGAAAUAAAGAUAUCAAUACAAUGGAGCAAACGGAUGACUACAGCCCUGAUACUUCACAGCCUGUGCAUCCAAGAAGUUGUGGCUGGGAUGACAAAUGUGUUAGUGAGAAGCCAUCCAAUUUAAAGAGCAUUUGGAGUAUUGACUACAAACCUGGUUUCCCUGCCAAGAUUACCACAAACUCGUCACCAUUGUUGGAGAAACCUGCAACCAGAGGCAUAGAGCGACUUAUUAACACGAAAGGGCUGAAACUUCCCAGCAAAGCACUAUUGGCAAAAAGGCCCAGGCAUGAAGAGUUAUCAGAAGGAGAUCUGCUGAGCCAGUAUUUUUCAAAUUCAAAGAAAACCAAGACAGAAAACAGUGAAGUUGGUGAGCAUCAGGGGGUUGUUAGUCCAUUGUCUGUGAUCCAUGCUUCAAAGGACCCUUGCAGAAACAAAGAGAGUUCAAACUUCCGGCCUCGGCUGAGAAAUAAAUUUGCCUCCCUUCUGCAGAAGAAAAAUGAAGAGAGUGGUGCAGUCUUUGUUCCUGGGACCAGAAGUAGGUUCUUCAGCAGUAUCAUGGAUCUGCCUGACAAUACAUCAAAGGGUAAAACUGACCAAUCAUCCCAGGACAGUGGUGUGGAUUGUCAAAUUGUGGAAGUAGAAAGUGGUGUAACAGAAGACCACAGUCCUUGCUCACCAGAGACUAGAAAAAAGAUCUCCCCGUCACUUGGGGCAGCACAAGUGAGCUGUUUCAGUUGGCCUGGAAGCCUUGCAGAAAGAUCUGGGACGCCCAGCCCAUCUCAAAGUGUAGCAUUGCUAAAGCGGUUUCACCGACAGACACCCAGCCAAGGCUCACCUCAGGGCUGUAAGGUGCCUGGAUCACAAACAUUAAGCUCCACAGCAAGUAAAGAAUCAGAUGAGGAAUCAUCACCUAUAAAAGAACUCAGUUGUUCUUCAGAACAGAAGUUUGUCAAGCUGUCACAGAGCAGCCAGGACACUUCAGAAAAUUCUCCAGUGACCAAGAAAAAGGCCAUUUCUGACACAGAAUCUGAAUCUAGUCUAGAAACAGAUUGUAAUCUGAAUCCACAGAUCUUUCCAACAAUCUCAGCAUGUACAGAGAAUAAGGACACAGUCUUCAAGAGUGUGGUUCCUGGAUUACGUAAAACCAGUUCUGUGCAAUCCUGUGUUGUGACGAAAAGCAAGUCACUGAUGCCUGCCAAAGUGAGUGGCUUAAGCAGGAAAAUAACAGCUACAAAGAAGAAAAACCAUCAUAAUGCUGAAAAUGAGUCUGGACAGCAGGUGACAAUUAAUGAAUUAUGGAAGAGCUUCCAAUUCAAAAGGGAGUCUGAACGGCUACCCUCUUGCAGAAAACCAGAGCCGUUGUCUCCAAUCAAAGAUAACAACAUUCAGCUUACUCCAGAUACAGACGAUGACACUUUUAAUAAACUUGAAUUCAGUCAAGUACAGCGGAAAAUAUUUCAAUGAACUGAUGCUGCAGAUCAGAGCAAUUUUAUAAUUAUUGGUCAGCCUGACUUCUGAAUG